AUGGCAGGGAGCGGUUGGGGCGUGUUCAUCGAGCGACGGCCAUUCGUCAAGAGAAGACUGACGUACAGAGAGGAUUUGAUGGAUGGAUAUUUUUCAACUACCAUCGGGCUCUGGUCACCCCGCCACGACGAGACUGUAUCACACGACGUCGACAUGACCGACGGAUCAUCUCAGGUAGCGGCCCCGCUCAAUGUUGAGUCGACAGUCUCGUACAGUGGCCCUCAGCCGUGGGUAAUGGCACACCAGCCUACGUUCCGAUACCAGUCCCCCGUUCCUUCUACGAUCAACGUCCAAUCUUCUCACCACGAUGUCCCUAUGCUCGACAUGGCCGAACAGUCUGAUUCUUCCUUGCACCAUUCGCUCGGGAAUAACGACAUACUCCCAUAUAAUAUUUUGUCUGCAUCCCCCGAGCUGCACAUAUUUGCAGACAUAGGCGACGACCAAGUCUUCUCCUCGCAAGCCUUGUCUGCCUCGCCCCUCCCUGAAUCAAACGCAUUGCCUCUGCAGGCCAUCUGUGCAUUGCGUAUUUACCCCACUGAACCAGCGGCGUCGAAGCAUGCUUUAGACCAGGCCUCAGAUAGCUUGGCAGGUAUUUCUGCGACGUCCGACGUCGCUAUCUUGUCCGUUGCACCCGAACAAGAAGACCGUGCGUUCGAAAUAGACCAGGUAGUCGCCAUAGGACCCUCUGCUACUGGCACAGGUGCACCAACACCGAAUCAUCUUGCAGAGCAGGCUUUGUAUAGCUUCUGGGAUUCUCUUUCUCGACCCGCUCCAUCUAUUCCGUACGCCAGCACAGGAGAAAUCGAUCGCUCCCCCAGUGUAGACGAGGUCAACCUUGAACCAAUAGGUAGCGAGGUGAUAGAUCUUCGACCCAUGUCCGAUAUCGCUGUCCCGCCAUCCACAUUGGAACAAGAAGAUGGUGGGCUUGAGCUUAACCAGGGAGCUGUCUCUCCCACCUCUGCGGUCCCAGAUCUCGCCAGAUUAUCUGACGCUGACGACCAAGCACCCGACAUGUGUCCGCCUCGACCAGCCGAGUCGGGGGAGGAGGAGGACGGGUUUCCCACUGCAGCUGCCGACCCCAGUCAUGCUAGCGGCGAGGUCUCGUCUGUCGCCCAGGAUAGUACCGACCCGGCGUGUAUUGAACAAGAAAGCGAGGAACAGCCAAACGAGAAUCAAGUCGAAAAUGUCCUCGUAGAUGAUGAAGAUGACCUCGACGAUUACGAGGAUCCAGAAGCAGCCGCGACGGACGAACGAGUUCAUGAAGAUACUUCAGAGCCCGAUGACGAUGAGACCCUGCCCCCCGCUCCCCUGAACAUCUUACACGGAUUGUCCAGUCACAAACGACAGGAACUCCGUCAGGAGGCCCACGAUUUCCUCCUCGACAUCGUUGCCGACCUUGACCCAUCGACCACAUCUGACGAAGAUGAUGACCUGCUAGGUAUCAGCUUCGACGUACUCGCGGUAUGA